GUAGCAUAUGCUUGUUUGGGAGGAGUUGGUGUACAGAGAUUGCAUGAUUCGGCACACUGUCUGCAGAGCGUAUCCUGUAGGUGAUUAUGAAUCCAAAGAUCCUGAACUGGCUUGUCUGCAUUACCUGGACUUUCGCCAAGUCAUCACAGUGUUGGUCUCCUGUAAGUGCACUGGAUGGCUCUACUAAUAAGCAUCUCGUUCGCCAUUCUUGCAGGAUAUAUUGAAAAGACUUACACUUCCAUACAAUAACCGACAAAAGGCUGAUUUCAGUGUUUCCAUUUCACUUGUUAGCUUGAUGAGGGCGCUUGAAAGAAACGGGACACCUUUUCUGUACUACGUUCGAGAUCAAGAGAACCUAUCCGCGACUAAAAUGAGCGGCGGCGAGUGGGCGAUUUGCAAUCGUGGACAAACGUAGCGGCAUGGAGCUCGUGAUAUUACAUCUCUAGAAAUGGAACGGGAGGACAACAAUCUUCAAAAAUCACGUCACUUCUUUUCAUCUCCGGCCCUAUCUCAAUGUGCACAAGCCUCACUGAAGACAGCAGUAUGCAAACCCAUAACAACGAGGCACACUCACUUGACGCCGAACAUGCAAAACGCAAGGCAAAGGCCACGUAUGAGACUACGGUACAUGCAUGCACACGCAAGGAGACUCCGAUCGAGUAAGCGCCGUCGUCUAGCUUUGCUCAAAGUUCCAUCGCUCCAUCGAACCCUCUGCUCGAUCACGCGCGAGUCCUGUCAGCAAACAUGAUCCAGAUUGAUCAAACUGGUCUCUCUAUCUUUCUUUAUUCGGGUACGAGAAUGCUGAAUUUCGUGAGCACUAUGAGAGCACUGUCGCCCGGCAUGGCAGGCACAAUCAGAGUGCACGGUGUGCGUAUGGCGGCACAAUCAGAGUGCGUCUUCUUCGCAAGCAAAGCUGAAUUCGACGACGACCUCUGUCUGGUCUGGACCUCUCGGGGCCAUCCAUCGAUCCAUCACGAGGACCCUUCUCGGCCGAUUGCUUCUCCGCCCGCCGAAGCCCGCCCCGUCGCCACUGUCAGUCCCGACGGUCGUCUCGUCGGGGUUUCGAGAUCGUGGCCGUCAAGAUCGAGCCCAACGAGGAUUCAAUUUGAAUCCUGA